UGAGGUUUUACGUAUAUGCCGUGUCACUUAUAUAGACGCGCUAACGGUUUGGAAAAAAUAGGCCAGUGCACAUAAGUCAUUACUUUUAUGUUUAGGCGAUGUGAGGUAUAAACAAAAGAACGCCACGAAAGCCAAGCAGCUUUCUUUGGCGAGCGCGAGCUAAUGGGCGCCAAAGUUAGGGACCUUGACUGAUCCCAUCUAUAAACAAAAUAUAUAUUUUAAAAUGUUGUAGAUGAUGGUCUACAAAUUAGAUUAUUUGUACUUCACCGUCAUCAGUAAAACGGUGCUUCUAUAAUGAGUGUCAAGGACCCAAGAGCAAAAAAAUGCUCAGAAAGAAUUUAAAACCUAAAUAAGCUAAAGUUAAAUUGAUUGACACACAGUCCGGUUAAACUUAAGUUUUACGAUUCCUAAAUAAGUAGCCAGCUCUUGAUAUCUGAUUAUGGAAGAUGAAUGCAUGUUUGCAAACUAGCUAGGUUUAAAGUUGAUAGCUAAUAGGUAGCUAAGCUGCGGUCUGGCGAGGUGCACCAUGUCCAUUAAACCCUUCGCCUUCCCACUUCCUGAGACCCGACUGUUCCUGGCAGGAUGUCGAGUCUACAAAUUCAGGAUCAGGACCAGCUGCAGCAGGGCAAAUCAGAAGGUCAACAAGAACCAAGCCACUCAAGAAAUUGAGGAUGCUAUUCGGGUUGUGCUGGAAAACCUGGAUCACCUUCAGCCCUUUACAACGAACCAUUUUAAUGUCUUCCCCUACAAGAGUAAGUGGGAGAAGGUCUGUCACCUCUGCUCCCGGCACACCGGCCUGAGGGUGCCCGCUUACCCCUUCCUUCUCACCUUGUUCCUGGAAGAGCGGGAAGCCGCACCUCUGCAUACAGCAAAGAGGCCUGUGGACGAGAUGCCAACGACAGCAGGAGAAGCAGAUGCAGUGACGCCACAUUACAGUGCAGUGCGUCACCCCAAGCGCAGUCGAAUCGAGCCAUUAGGGGGCUCCCCAGAUCAGCACAGCUGCUGGAGACCUGAGGCCUGGGAGGAACUGGAGUCUCAGUUUGGGAAACGUACGGAGUCCCGGCCGCAGCCCGAUGGACUGGAAGCAAUGGGUGCUGACAAGGGGGCCACCGUACCCAUGUCACCUAGUAAAAUCGUGACGCCUGCCCUUGUCCUUCUGGUGUCGCGCCUCUUCUUCCUGAUGCUGCUGGCAUCCAUUGGCUGGAGCUAUGAUGGACUGAGUCCAGGCUGCCACCUCUAUCCAUUCAACGUGACGAUCCGCAGUGACAGGCGGGGGACGUGUCGAGGGACCCACACGGUGUACGCCUGCGUGGGUCACUGCGAAUCCAGUGCCUUCCCUUCACGCUACGCAGUGCUGGUGGCCUCCAACUUCACCCACAACAUCACCUCUGCUUCACGCUGCUGCGCCAUCAGCAAGGACACCAAGGUCAAGGUGCGCCUGGAUUGCCCUCACGGGCGUCACCAUGACGAUAUCGAGAUCCUGAGUGCGCGGGCCUGUCGCUGCGACAUGUGCCGCAAGUCACGCUACUGACACUUCCGGCGGGCACCGUGUCUCUGUCAUCCUACGUGAUACUGGAGGGCAAAGCAAAAUCAGACACCAAGCCCCAACACCCAGUGCUAGUGGGUCCUUUUCCCUGCCAAGCUAAUGUCCAUGCAGGUUUUCACUCACGUUAGUGCUACGUUGAACUAAUUAAUUGCCUAGCUUAUAAACUUAGCCUUCUCCUUACAUACUGACAGUCAGGCACGGUUUAGUAUGAAAAGGUCUUGAAAAAUGUGUAGAUUUGCAGGAUUCUGUACAUGGAUAGAGUGAGACAAAGAGGACAGAGAGAGCUAAUACAAAAAGCAAGAUUACAAUUUUUUUUUUAUUCAUGUUAAUUCAGUUUUUUUUUGUAACA